AUGUUCCUUUCCGUGUUCGCGACACUUGCCGCUGGGGCCUUUGCCAUGGCCCCCGGCACCUCCAGCUUGCAGAACAUCUUGAAAAAUACCCACGCGAGCUAUGACUAUGGAUACCCAACGGAUAUUACGAGGGAUAUUCUACCGAUUCCCGUGCAUUCCCAUAAUGACUACUGGAGAGAUAGGCCUUUUUAUACCGGCCUGUCAAAGGGUUGUACAUCCACCGAGGCGGAUGUCUGGCUAUACAACGGCACUCUCUAUGUCGGCCAUGACGAGUCAUCGCUCACGUACGAACGUACAUUAGAAAACCUCUACAUCAAUCCCAUCCUGGAUGUACUGGAGCGCCAAAAUCCCGACAGUCCAUUCCUGACAGGUCCAACGAAGAAUGGCGUCUGGGACACCGAUACUGCUCAAACACUCUACUUUUUCAUUGAUGUGAAAACUUCCGGCCACGAAACAUUCGAAGCUGUCAUCAAAGCCCUGGAGCCCCUGCGUCAGAAAGGCUACCUGACCACACUCAAGGGCGGUAAUAUGGAGAACGGACCGGUGACCAUUAUUGGAACAGGCGACACCCCCCUCGACAUGGUUCUGCCCGUCAAGGACCGGGAUUAUUUCUUCGAUGCCCCUCUUGACGCGUUGGCGGAUCCCAAAUACUCCAAGGUCGAUCACAGAGUUUCCCCCAUUGCCUCGACUAACUUUGUCAAGGCUGUCGGUCAGGUUAACAUCGACACUGAGCCCGUUCUUGGAGAUGAGCAGCUCAAGGCGCUACGCUCUCAGAUUUCUCUGGCGAAGGAGCGUGGAAUUGGUGCGAGAUACUGGAAUACGCCCAAUUGGCCGGUUCGUCAGCGUAACCUUGUAUGGAGAACUCUUUUGCAGGAAGGGGUUGGGCUGCUCAAUGCCGAUGAUCUGGAUGCGGUAGCUUCUUUCUUCUGA